AUGAGUACGUUCAUAAUUUGUUAUAUCCUCAUUCAGUCUUUGAAUUUUAAGCACACAAAAGGUCGAUAACUGAAUCGAAAGUUAUAUUAAUAAUUGACGUAUCUGACAAUAUCUUUUAUAAACAGCAUAAAAAGAAUAAUAUAGUAUAAUAAACUAAUAGAUCUAAACAACUCAUAUACUCAAUUACAAGUAUUUUACACACAUAUACCUAAUAAUUCUGCGAUACAUGGCAUCCAACAAGUAAAGAUUUGUUAUUUUUAAACAUACGACUAAAAUAAUUAAAUAUCCAUAUUUUUCUGUGAAACAUACAGUGAUUCUGUGACGUAACUUGCACACCUGAAAUAACUCUUAAAUUAUGCGUCUAAUGAAAAAUUGUUUAAUACAAAAGUUGUAUGAUUUCAAGGAUGACAAAAUAUUAAUUUUUUGUGUGUGUUGAAGGGUUUCGAAAUUUGCAAAUUCGUUUUUAUUUAUUUAUUUUAAUUGAACUAUGUAUUUUUUAAAUCAUAAAUAGAAAGAAUAUUAAAUUCUAAGUAAAAAUGCAUUAAACCACAUUGAUUUUAAAUCUAAUGGUUAAGAAAAUAUUUUACAAUAAUUCGCCUCGAGGAUGAAAAUUGCGUAGCAUUGUCAGAGGAUUCGACAAUGUUUAUAAAUGUCAGUGUUAUUACUUUACAAGUGAGCCUUCGAUAGUAAAGUAGAGUGAGAUAAUCUCGAUUCCAAGAAUUGGUGGGGAUUAAACGAACGUUUAAGUAGGUAUUAUUGUAUUGCGAGAAAUUGGCAACUUUAGUACUAGAAGUUGUAGGAUACGAUCCACAUGUUAGUACACGACAGAUUUCUCGACAAUCUGGAAUUAGUCAAUCAAGUGGGCUUCAAAUUCUUCAGGCCCAUAAAAUGUACUUAUAUUACCCAUAUAUUUGUCAGAAGCUUCACAGAUUCGAUUUUCAAAAUCGAGUACAAUUUGCUGAAUGGUUUUUGCAGCAAGUAGCAUGGCUGCGGGUAGAUACCCAAACGAUAUUAACGAUAGCCAGUCACGUUAUCACGAAGAACCAUCGGAUAGCUGUUUCUCACAGCGAUCAUCGCACAUGGUUCCUUCAUAUACGAGAAGUAAAAGAAUCUGACAGGGGAUGGUACAUGUGCCAGAUCAAUACGGACCCAAUGAAGAGUCAAACUGGUUACCUCCAAGUUGUUGGUAAGUAAUCCUUUAAUCUUCCCUAUUUUUAAUUAAUUUUUCAAUAAAAAUCUAACGCUUGGCGGACAACUCUUUCAUGUACAUUUUUGGCAAUUUGGCAAUUUUAAUUUCUUUAAAAUGAUCAAUGAUUUAAUAAAUAAAUGAAUAAUUGCGAUAAUUAUUCCUCUUUUACAAUUUUCUGGUAAUAAUUCUUUUCUCAUGUCGUAUAAUAUUACACGAGUUUGCGUGACUCGAGUAAAUCAAUUUUAUUGUGACGAAUUGCUUUCAUUUGCAUUAUUGAUAUUUAUCUAUUGCCAUUACUAAGAGAGAAGUUACAAAAGAGUGUCCCCAAGUAAACAUUCGUUUGAGAAAUAUCCACCAGAUUUAUUACAUUUCGUCGAACAUUUAUUCACACUUGUAUCAUUUAUUUGUUUGUUUCUCUAAAGAGUGAUAUUUCAUCAAGGGAAACUUCAAAUGUUGCGUAAGGCUUAGGUGUUAUUUGAAUAAAAUAUUUGGAAAAUGAUUAUUUAAUUAGCACGUCGUCUUAAAGUAAUAUUGCAUUAGUUGCAGAACACAUUAUUUAGCUAUUAAAUUUAAAAUAUAAUAAUCUUUUAUUUUGUUUUUUAUUUCAUAGUUUUGACGAUAGUUUGUAAUUCUAUCACGUACGAUUCACCUUACGUUGCGACAAUUUGUUCUUUCAAUUUAAUGUUGCUUCUAUUUUAAAUUUAUCUUUCAUUUCUACGAUUUCCUUUGAAUGAAAAUAACUGAUUACUUUAAAUUAUUAUUUUAUAUCUUCAUUUCAAACGAAAUUUGGCCAACUCUUGGAUAUAAAAUUAAUUCUAGCGUAGAGAGACAAAACAACUUAAUUAAUAAUUUUAAGCAGACUAUAUUCAGUAUAGUACGUUCAGGUUUAGCGAGGAAAUUGACAAUCGUCUAUUCAUUCUGUUGAAACAGCUCCUAAAUAUAACUUCUAUCGAUCCCGGGAUCGAAAGGAUAGUUAAUCGCAUACUUAUCAGUCGUAUCAGCAGCAGCUAUUAUAAUGAUUAUGUCACGUGAACGUUACACAGCGAUAUGCGGAUGUAAUUCGCAAUAUCUUAAUCAAGUGUGACAAGCUGUGAGAAUCUGAUUCUGUAUCGUUCCUAUCCCAAUCUCAUUGGGAAUGAUUUGUCGCUCGUGCAUGAUGAAAUCAGUUUCACUUCAUUAACACGUGUUCUUAUUUAAUCAACAUAUCAAAAUGAAAACUCGAGAUUAUCUUGCAAUAAUAAUUCCUUUAAUAAAUAAUCUUUUAAACUAGUUUUCCUAUAUUAAUUUUUUAACACUAACGUUGGCAAUUGAAUUUAAUUUUAUGACUGUUUAUUUUAUUCUUUCUACGAAUUUUUAUAUUUGUUUUAAUUUUAGUACUCGAAAUCGUAG